CAAAAUAUUUAAAAUAAUUUGUUUAUUUUGUUCUAAUGUGGAUAUAAUGUGAAAACAUGUUUCUUAUGUAGCUUGCAUUUAUUUCUACAGGAAAUCGCUAAUAUAAAGCGGACAAAAAAUACAUACUGAGGUCGUGGACAAGACCAUCAGCACACUCGGCGCUCCAUAAAAGUUUCGAGUCUUUAACCAAUCCGGUUACCGGUUGUGUAGGCUGGUCCCCUUUUGUCCAAUCAGCUUCUGACUCUCACUAUAAAUAAAAGGGAACCGGCUUCCUUUUCUUACUGGCAUCCAAAGUCCAAGCUAUGGCUCGCACGAAGCAGACGGCGCGCAAGUCGACGGGCGGCAAGGCCCCGCGCAAGCAGCUGGCCACCAAGGCGGCCCGCAAGAGCGCGCCGGCCACCGGCGGCGUCAAGAAGCCGCACCGCUACCGGCCCGGCACGGUGGCCCUGCGCGAGAUCCGCCGCUACCAGAAGUCCACCGAGCUGCUGAUCCGCAAGCUGCCGUUCCAGCGGCUGGUGCGCGAGAUCGCGCAGGACUUCAAGACCGACCUGCGCUUCCAGAGCUCGGCCGUGAUGGCGCUGCAGGAGGCGUGCGAGGCCUACCUGGUGGGGCUCUUCGAGGACACCAACCUGUGCGCCAUCCACGCCAAGCGCGUCACCAUCAUGCCCAAGGACAUCCAGCUGGCGCGCCGCAUCCGCGGAGAGCGGGCCUGAGCACAAGGUCUGUCACUCCUUCCCAAAGGCUCUUUUCAGAGCCACCACAUGUACGCUGAAAAGGACUGUUUCCCUGUAACGGUUAUUGGUGGGUUGGUUUCACCGGUGGGUAACGACCAUUUCCGGGCGCUUUAGUGUUUUAGGAAGUUAGUAGAGGCCCUCACAAGUGCACUUAGCUAUUGGCCUGCUUGCGCUCCGAUUUAUACUUUUAGUCCUGUUUAACCACUCUGGUCUGGGGUU